UGCAGCGCCUUUCUGCUGGUCGGAUGUGUUCCCAAGUCUAAACCUGGAGGCUGAAGGAACGUGCGCUGCGCGGUUUGCUUUAAGUUAUGCUUUCAGCAAAGGCUCUAGUUGCAAACCUUUAAACGACUGUGUUUCUCCACGUGCUCUUGGCACGUGUCGUACCUUUAGACGGAGAACAAACCGAAGUGGCGUUAAAAUAAGCAGAAAAGCUUGUCAGAAGACCAAAGCAGGGUUGGUGAAAUGAUCAUAGUUCUGCUUACUUCUGGCUAAAAUGCAGGCAGUUCCUCAUGAAUCUGAUGGAUGAAUCUGUAGUAGGACACUACAGCACCUGAUGUAAUUAUCUAAAUUUUGCAACAUGCACUGGAUAACUGUUUUAAGAAAGGCUUCCUUUCGAACCCAGCAAUUGCCAGUACAGUUUCGCAUCCUACGUUUGUUUUCCAGUCAUCUCCCAAAUCAGGUUACUGAAGAUGCAGAAAAACAGCUAUCACACCAGCAGAAUGCUGGUGCCUCAAAAGAAAACCUGAUCCUCAAAGUUCCCAAGGGCACCAGGGAUUUUAGCCCAAAGCAAAUGGCUAUCCGUGAAAAAAUCUUCAGCACUAUAAUUAGCUGUUUCAAGCGUCAUGGAGCUGUGACAAUAGACACCCCUGUGUUUGAGCUGAAGGAACUCUUGUUGGAGAACUAUGGUGAGGCAACAAAGUUGAUUUAUGAUCUGGAAGAUCAAGGAGGGGAACUGCUGUCUCUUCGAUAUGACUUAACUGUGCCAUUUGCUCGUUACUUGGCUAUGAACAAAAUUAAACGAUGUAAACGUUACCACAUUGCAAAAGUCUACAGGCGUGAUAACCCAUCCAUAAAGAGAGGACGCUUCAGGGAGUUCGUCCAGUGUGAUUUUGACAUUGCUGGCCAAUACGAUCCUAUGAUUCCUGAUGCAGAGUGUCUGAAGGUCAUGCAUGAGAUCUUAAUUGCCCUGCAAUUUGGAGAUUUCCUUAUCAAAAUCAAUGAUAGGCGCAUUUUGCAUGGGAUCUUUACAGUAUGUGGUAUUCCAGAAAUCAAAUUUGAAAGGAUUUGCUCAACCCUUGACAAACUGGACAAGGUGACAUGGGAAGAAGUGAAAAAUGAAAUGAUCAGAGAGGAUGGGAUUUCUCCUGAAUGCGUAGAUCAUGUUAGCGAAUAUGUUCAACUUCACGGGGGACCACGUCUCAUUGAGAAGCUUCUCAAGGAUCCAAAACUGGUCCAGAAUAAAUUGGCUAUGGAAGGACUGGAGGACAUGAAAUUGCUAUUUGAAUACCUUACUCUAUUUGGUAUCAUAGAUCAGGUCUCCUUACACCUGGCUCUGGCUCGUGGUCUAGCUUACUACACUGGAGUCAUCUAUGAGGCUGUCUUAUUACGCCCAAAGUAUAGCCACCUGAAUGAGUCUCUUAGCACAAGUAGUGUGGCUGGAGGUGGACGCUAUGAUGGGCUUGUGGCAAAGUUUGAUUCAAAGGGAUAUAAGGUACCUUGUGUUGGAGUCAGCAUUGGUGUUGAAAGGAUCUUCUCCAUCAUAGAGCAGAGUAAUGAGGUAAGGUCUAUUAAGCAGUUAGAAGGUAUCCGCACAACAGAGACACAAGUGUUUGUGGCAACUCCCCAGAAGAACUUCCUUGCAUUGAGAAUGAAGUUCAUAUCUGAAUUAUGGAAUGCUGGAAUCAAGGCAGAGAUGUUAUAUAAACAAAAUCCCAAACUCCUGGAACAACUGCAGUAUUGUGAAGAAACAGGAAUUCCACUUGCAGUCAUCUUAGGAGAACAGGAGCUGAAUGAUGGAGUAGUGAAACUUCGGGAUGUUGUGACUAGGAAAGAGGUUAAUAUCCCUCAAGAGAAUUUUAUAGAGGAGAUCAAGAGAAGGUUGGAAAAAUACAAUCCUUAGUUUCAUAUAUUUAUUUGACAGUUUUAUACUGCUCCUAGAGCUGACUUAUGUACUUAUAUACCGUUCUUAUGGAAUACUGCCGGCCUGUAAAGCACCUGGAGUUGUUCAACAUUUCUUUCCAGUUUUUGUAAAAAAAAAAUUCAUGUAUUAGUCAUACAAGCCAAGAUUUGGAGAAUUGGA